AUGGCGGUGCUGUCCACAGUGCAGCACCCCAACAUCGUGCAGCUCUACGCCUGCCUCACAGACGUGGUGGAGGUGCAGGACGAUGGCGGCGGCACCUCCAUCGCCACCAGCUGGGCCGGCAGCAUCGGCAGCAUCAGCGGCCUGCUGCCGCCGGGCUGCCCGAGGUCGCGCUACCGGAAGCUGCAGCCGGACGAGGAGCCCGGGGAGGAGGUGACGCCCUGUAACAUCCUUGUGAUGGAGUACUGCGACCAGGGCACCCUGCGGGACGUGGUCAAGGGCGGCGCCUUCCGCGCGCCGCCUGUGGACGGCCGCGCGGCCAUGGACCUGGCGCCGGUGCUCGAAAUCCUGCUGGACGUGGCCUAUGCGAUGCAGUACCUCCACUCGCUGCAGCUGGUGCACGGGGAUAUCAAGCUGGAGAACGUGCUGAUGAAAACGGACUCCUCGCGGCGCAUCAAGAUGACCCCCAAGCUCGGAGACUUUGGGCUGGCAAAGAUCUUGAACGAGGCGCGCCACACCCUGAACCUGAGCGGCGCUGGCACCAUCACCCACCUCGCGCCGGAAAUGUUUGAGGCGGGCAGCAAGGUCACGACAGCAGUGGACUCCUACGCGUUUGGGAUCCUAAUGUGGGAGCUGUGGACCGGCGGCCGCAAGGCCUACCAAGGCCUGCCGCAGGGUAUCAUUGCAGAUCACGUCACGCGCAAGGGCCUACGCCCCGCCUUCCCUCCGUCUGCGCCGCCGCUGUACGCGCGCCUCGCUGCGGAAUGCUGGGGGGUCGAUCCCCACCGGCGGCCCACUUUUGUGCAGAUCGCCGAGCGGCUGGAGGCACUCCUGGCACCCCACGCGCCGCCCGACUGCGACGGCGGCGGCGGAGACCCCGGCGGCGGCGGCGGCGCCGGCAGCGGCACUUUGCCGUCGGUGCCGGCGCCGGCACCGGCGGAUGCUGCCGCACCGGCCCUUGGGCUUGUUGUCGGGCCUGCGCCGGCCGCCGCGUCGGCACCGGCCGCCGCGCCGGCCGAUGAACCUUCCGUGGCGGCGGCGGCAGGCGCGCCCCCGGCAGGCCCGAAGCGCACCUGGCCGCCAGUGCCCGCCCCGGUCCCCACACGCGCGUUGCCGCCGCCGCCCGUGGGGCGCCAUAAUCGCGCGUGGCCGCCGCCGCCAUCAGUUGCGGGCAGUGGCAGCGGGGGCAGGCCCUCAUUGCACGCGCUCUCGCGCAGCAAGUCGGAUGCGGACAGGCCUCUUGCCCGCGGCCGUGAUCAGAACAGCAGCGGCGAUGGCACGAGCGGCGUCACCCGCGCGAGCAGCGUCGGCGGCGGAGCUGCUAGCAGCUGCUGCGACGGCGGCGGCGCGAGCGGCAGCGGCAGCGGCAGCCGCGCAGGCAGCAGCGGGUGCAGCGGCGGCGGCGCGAGCGGCGGCGAGGCCCGCCCCUGA